AGUUGUGGAUCUGUCUCCACGCUGUGUUGAGCAGAGAAUAGGAAGUGAUAAUACAGUGGGAGUCAAAAUGACGUCUCCAUGAAGAAAGGAGCAGGACAUGUAAAACAUGUGUCCGUGUGCCCUUUGAUCAGCAUUGCGAGACAGUUCUACAGAGCAGAUCUCACAUGACGGCUGUUUCACCGGCAGACGUGUGACAAGAGCUGAAUCCCGAGGAUCAAUGUAAUGGCAGCUGAGUUGUAAUCGCAAUAAUGAGAUUCCAAAUAAACUGUACAAAAAUCGAUGUUGGCCAUUACCCACCAAGAUAAUAGAGCUCCUUUUCAUCAAGAAAUCCUGGCCUUCAUCACCAGUCUUGCUGUGCCUGGGUAAUUGAAUCUGUUAGUCCUCGUUUCCAACUGUAGUUUUGACAACACACUCAAGCCCAGCAGGUGGUUGGAAAGGGGCUACCGGACUGAAGAUCCGUUUUCUUUACAGCUUCGCGGCGUCACUCCUGAUGUUCCAGCUCCAGUUUCCUUCAGGCCUGCCCUGCAUUGCCUCAAUGUUGCAGUACCCUGCAUUGCCAGAAUGUUGUGUGCCCGGAGCUUUAUUUAUGAAGUAAGAUUUACUGGUUCUGCUUAGAGAACUGUCUUUAAAAAAAAGGGGGAAGGAGGCAGUAAUUGGAGAAGUGUGCAGCAUGGCCAUUAAAAGCGAAAAACGGGAACAGGUUUAGCUUUCUACGUGCACCCAUGACAAACCCUUUCUCUAGCCUCUUAUUUAUUACUCCAUCCCUGAGAGGAAUGGCUGUGUUUAUAAAUUGUGGCAGCUGAGAUGCGAGGCUGCUUUUUGCUACAAGGCAGGAGGGACCGAAGUGGGAUGUGAUUUCCUUUCCAGGCUGGCCUGACCCCAGCUUUCUUGAAAAAAAAAAAAACUUUGUUUCUGUUUUUUUUUUUUUGUUCCUACUCAGAGAAGGGUGUUAGCAAAUUACAUGCAGACUUUUCGCAUCAAGUGUCAGUCGGAGAAGGAACUUCUCCAGGUUUGCUCUGAUGGACUUCUCCUCAUCGGAUUUUAAUGGAUUAAAGUGAUCUGGUUGGGGGAUUUUGGUGAUCACCAGGUGCUGAGGGAAUGGCACAGCUGGGGAAGUCACCUCUGAGAAGAUCCUUCAGCGAACACAUCAAAGAUUCCACCAAUAAGGCUUGGGAUAUAUUCUGGAAGAGUGCGCGAGAGAAAAGGCUUUCAGAAAUUGAAGCAAAAGAAGCUUGUGACUGGCUGAAGGCUGCUGGUUUCCCCCAAUAUGCCCAACUAUUCGAAGAUUCAAAGUUCCCUGUUGACAUAGAUCUCGUGAAAAAUGACCAUGAAUUUCUCGACAGAGAUGCUAUCGAUUCACUCUGCAGGCGGUUAAAUACUUUGAACAAAUGCGUGGAAAUGAAGUUGGAGAUUAGCCGGCCCAGAAGAAGGAGUGAAGACUCGGAAGACGAAGAGCCUUGUGCCAUUAGCUCAAAGUGGGCAUUUGAGAGGCAUAGCAAGCGCUGGUCACGCCUGGAGGGCUUCGAGUUCCCUUUCGCUGGAGAACAGCUCAGUGCCCUUCUUCCUGACAGCCCCCGACUGAAAAAGGCAGAGAGCCAGGACACGUCCUUCUCUGACAGCUGCGAGAAACACGACAUCUGCUCCUUGCACAGCUCCAGCAGCACGGAGAGUGACAGCAACAGUGGCCCCAAGACCGCCGAUGACUUGGAGACCAGCAGGAGCUCCUCGAGGUGCUCCUGGGGCAAGCCGGCUUCCCCGGACAGCGCCUUCUGCGGGCCCCCGUCGCCCGGCGAGGUCCCGAGUUUCCACAAUGACGAGAAGCCCCUGGAGAAGCCUCCCAGGAAGAAGGGCAAAAGCCUCCUGAGAAAGAUGGAAAAGCUCCGCGUGCGGGGGGCCACCCUGAAGGGGCCGUCGCCUAGGAAAGCCAAGCUCCUCAUCAGCGGCCCUGUCCUGCAGGAGGGCUUCGACGAGGACAGGCUGAAGCGCCUCAACUGCGUGGACAUCGCCGAGCUCCAGGAGGAGAGCAGGAGCAGCUGCUCCUUCUCCCCGGCGUCCUGCAGCGGCAGCAGCCAGUCGGAGAGCAGCAGCGCGGUGAGCACACCCAGCCCCGUCACCAGGGUUCGCAGUCACAGCCGGAGGGCCAGGCCCCCUCACGGAGAGCACCUGUCAGACAUCAACGAACAGGACUACAAGAAUGAAAAAAACCGGCAGGAGAACCUCAUUUUCAACAUCCCCCAAGGGCACAAGCCCGGAACGUUCCCUAAAGCGCUUUCCAAAGAUAUCUUGUCCCCUUUAGACAACAACACAUCCGUCAACUGGAGAACUGGCAGCUUCCACGGCUGCAGAGGGAGAAGAUCGGGAAAUGGCUCCUCCAAAGACCAUGAGUCUGCUUGCAGCCCCCUGGCUGCCUUUGACCAACGGAUCAGCAUUUACGACAACGUCCCAGGCAUGCAAGCCCACCUACGGAACACGGGAGAGACAGAGGGGAUCGGGGAUGACGACGUGUUCUCAGAAAUGAACAACGACGUGGACUUUCAGGAUCUGUUUAGCAAGUGGGCAGAGAAGAUGUCAGAAGAUGGAGAUUCGGAUUUUGCCAACGACUCCAAUUCCCCCUGCCCGUCCUCCCCCAAGGAGAUCCACCUGGAAAUCAAGAAGCAGGGGGAAGCUGACCCCGUGACCUCGGAACCCGAAGCAGAGAUUGAAAAUUCAAAUAAAAUCCCCAACAACCUGGAGUCUACAGACAUCCAUUACAUGAUGGAUUCUGGAGUUGGCUCUUCUCUUACACAUCAAAACAGGCAGCAGAGGUUGCACUGGUCCAGCGAGCAGAAUUUACGCCCCGAUUCGAUUUACGCUCGGAUUGAAAGUCAGUCCGUGUCUCAGCUCAACCUGCUGCAGAAGCUGGCCCUGCUUAAGCUCACAGCCUUGAUGGAUAAAUACUCCCCUUCCAGCAAGCAGGGAUGGAACUGGACUGUUCCAAAGUUCAUAAAGAAAAUCAAAGCACCAGACUACAAAGACAGAAGAGUGUUCGGUGUCCCACUGCUCCUGAACGUACAGAGAACAGGGGACCCCUUACCCAGAAGUAUUCUGAACGCAAUGCACUACCUAAGGUCCCAGUGCCUCGAUCAGGUGGGUCUCUUCAGAAAAUCUGGCGUCAAGUCUCGCAUUCAGGCCCUGCGAGAGAUGAACGAGUCCGACCCUGAAAGUGUGAGCUACGAAGGCCAGUCAGCGUUUGAUGUGGCCGACAUGCUGAAGCAGUACUUCAGGGAUCUCCCAGAACCCAUCUUCUCCAGCAAGCUGUGCGAAUCUUUCCUCCACAUUUACCAAUAUUUUCCUAAGGACCAGCACUUUGACGCGGUCCAGGCUGCCAUUCUCCUGCUGCCCGAUGAGAACCGGGAGGCUCUGCAGGGGCUGCUCUGUUUCCUCAGAGACGUGGUCGCCUGUGUUGAGGAGAACCAGAUGACACCCACCAACCUGGCCGUCUGCCUGGCCCCAUCGCUCUUCCACCUGAACACCCUGAAGAGGGACAGCACUACGCCCAGGUCAAGCCACAGGAAGUACAGUCUGGGCAGGCCGGACCAGAAGGACCUGAGUGAGAAUCUGGCUGCUACCCAGGGGCUUGCUCAUAUGGUGGCCGAGUCCUCUCGCCUCUUCCAGGUGCCAAAGUACUGGCUUGUACAGCAUCAAAGCAGCUCAAAGGAUGACAUCACACAGAGCGAAGGGGGGCAAAGCCCAGCACAGAACAGCAGCGAUAAGGACCUGGAUAAGCAGGCACACCUGGACGUUUCUGUGCAGGUCAUGCUGAAGGAAGCCAGAGAGAGGUUCAAAGGAUGGGUGGCGUGCUCUAGUUCUGACAGCGUUGACCUGGCUUUCAGAAAGGUGAAUGACGGAAACCCCUUGCGGUUCUGGAGAGGGACCGUGGAAGUGGAGGCCACACAGGAGGAGGUCUUCCACCGGAUACUGAGAGAGCAGAGGCUCUGGGAAAAGGAUUUCCAGCACACGAAGAUCAUUGAAACCUUGGGCAACGAUGCAGAAAUAUGUCAUUACAUUGCUCAAAGCAUGGGUCCACAGCCUCCCCGGGAGUAUGUGCUCCUGAGGACCUGGCAGUGCGAUCCUCAGACGGGCACGUUUGUGCUGGCAGCCGUCUCCACUGAGCACCCCGAUGUCACCUGCGAGGGGGUGAGGGCCGAGGUGCUGAUGUGCCUCUACCUGAUCGACGCCAUCGGCCUCCGGAAGAGCCGACUGACGCACGUCUGCCGAACAGACUCCAGGGGCCGGACACCUGAAUGGUACAACAAAGUUUCAGGACACUUGCUUGCGGCAGACCUGGUGAGGAUCAGAGACUCCUUCAAACCGGACAUGAAGGAGACAAAAAUAUAGUGACGACCUCAGCUGAAGCAAGGGUCACAGUUUUAAAGAACGGGAAGGAGAGAGAGAGAGAGAGAGAGCACUUUAUGAUCAAAAUACUCUGGAGAUCCCAAAACUGCCACAAGCGCAAAUGGGAUCUCUGUUUUCUUCAGAAUGGAAUGGCCAAAAAAAAUCAAUUAUAGUCAUUUAAAAAUAAUAAAUUUUAGCGAGUAGGCAAAAAAUGAUGAUUGGCAGAUGAACUGUUGUAGAGCAAGCAGUACAGGAUGUAUCAUCAUACAAACAAGGAACAUCUACAGCAUAAAGGAAUAUCUACUUAUACCAAAGGAUUUCUAUCUAUUCCUACAUUUUCAAGGGAACUUUUGGACCUAAAUAAAGGUUUUGUGACAGCUCCAUAGGCAUGUUGGUCCAUGUUUCCUCUUGGGAGGAAAUUUGUGACACAGAAUUUGCUUUUCUGAAGAAUGCUUUUGGUGUUGUUUAUUAGAAGGCAUAAUUUUUCUAGUUGUUUUCAAUGCAGUUGGAUAAUUUUGGGGAACAUCGUCAGCCCUGCUCUGUAUUAAGCAGGUCAGGGCAGACACCUUAUCCUUCUGACUUUCACGUUUUUUUUCCUGAUAUUUCAAUGAUCCUACACAAUCACCAGAUUCGUCACACAUACCAGUUUAUACCUGCAUGAUGUAAUGUUAAUACCAGACAUUAACUUUAAAAGUUAAAAUGAGAGAAUCAUUCAUGGGUCGCUUUGUAAUAUAUGUAAAAAAAGUCUAUUUUUCAAAAUUUGUACGGAAUUGCAAUUUAAAAAAACUGUAUACUGUACAUAUACAUACCAAGCUGUGCAUUCAAUGGGAACUCUAAUAUGUUCAUGGUUUCAGUGCUUAAUUUGGAAUUGUGAGCAUAUAUUUAAUAAAAUAAUAAAGCCAUAAUAUCUGAUUGUGAAAAAUUGUAAGAGAUACUGUAAUGAGACUGUAAAGGAUUUUAUUUUAAUCUUGUAUGUGUGGCUGCCAGACAGAUUCUAAAAAGACUGAAUCAGACAGAUCAGCUACAGAAUGUUACUGCAAAACAAAAAAGGAAAAUAUUAACAGUAACACACUAGUGCCUUCUAAUAAAAACCUGGAUGAAUCUGUAUUUUUAUAGGCUGAGUGGAUUAAUGUAUUUUAACUUAAUAUUUCUAUUAACAUACAUCUCCCUUGUGUUUCUUAGAAUGGGUCUAAAUAAUUAUUUAUACUGCUACAACUUGUAAGUGGAGGUUUGUGUAUUUGAAUGGUCAAUUUUCUAAAUAAAAAACAUGAUUUGUGAUUUUCAUUUAA